UGGCUAGGAACUACUUAUUGGCCAAGUGUUUUCCUUCGGAUGAUGUUUUGGGAGCAAUCGUAGGGGAACAGCUACGCUUUCAUAAGGAAUUGUCUACAUUUAUAUCACUCAUUAAUAUUUAAUAAAGAUGGAGGACCAAGAAAUGCAAUUGAAAGUAAAAAGAGUGAGUGAUAAAUUCACCGAGAGCAUGUAUGUGUUGGCCAAUGAGCCGUCGAUAGCGCUUUACAGGUUACAAGAGCACGUGAGGAGAUCGCUGCCAGAGCUCGUACAACACAAGACAGACAUGCAGAGUUGGGAGGAACAAAGUCAGGGAGCAAUCUACACUGUUGAAUAUGCAUGCAGUGCGGUGAAAAGCAUGACAAAUAGUAGUCUCUAUUUCAAGAACAUAGACGGUCUGCUCAGGCAAGCCAUUUCACUGAAGGAACAGAUCGGCAGCUCGCAGGGUCGAAGUGCUGUGACCGAUACACCCACACACACUUCAGUCACACCACCUUGACUCGUGGAUAUCUUUCUCCAAGAAAAAGAGCUUUGGAUCCUGGCAUGCUUAAGGAUGGAGGAGAAAAGCAUAGCUCUGGGAUAUAAACUGAUGAAGACCUGAACGAUAUACUUUAUUCAAUUGGUGUCACCACUUCUGAUUGAUAAUGAUUGCUAUUUUAAAGUAUUGAAGCCCAUUUCCACAUCCAAUGUUAAAAAAGAAAAAGAAAAAAAGAAAUUCAUAUUGUGAGAUAAAGUCACUAUUGGGAGAUAUAAAGUUGAAGCCUGGACCAAAAAAACAAUCAUAAGUAGCACAGGUAUAUUUGUUGCAAUACCAAAAAAAAUAUUUUAUGGGUCAAAAUCAUUGGUUUUUCUUUUAAUUAAUUAAUAUUAAGUAAAGAUCAUGUUCCAUUAAGAUAUUUUGUGCAUUUUCUAUUAUAAGAAUAUCAAAAAUGUAUUAUCAUUAAUGAUAUGCAUUGCUAAGGACUUCAUUUGGACAACUGUAAAUGCGGUUUUCUUAAUAUUUAGAUUUUUUUUUGCACUCUCAGAUCACAGAUAUUCAAAUAGUUGUAUCUCGGGCAAAAAUUGUCCCAUCAUUACAAACCAUACAUCAAUGGAAAAAGGUUAUUUAUUCGACUUUCAGAUCUCACGUUCAUAAAAUUGACCCUUAUGACUUUUUUUGGUCCAUGGUUACCUAUUGCAAUUGCAAGACUUAGUGUAACUUUGUAAUAUGAAGUUAUGUUAUAAAAUGUAAAUACGCAAAUAGUAAAUUUAACAUUUCAAUUAGGGAAAAAAAUUGCAACUCCAAUAAAAAAUUUUUAUUGUGAAGUUUAAUGUCACACUGCAAUAUACAAAGUCACAUUAUGAGAUAUAAAUUCAAAAUUUAAGGCACAAUUGCAAGAAAUAAAGUCACGAUGACCACUUUUUUUCUUUAUUCUGAGGCAGAAAUGGGCUUCCAUAAUAAAUAGCCAUAAGUAAAAAAAAAAAAAAAAAAAAAAAAUGUUAAUAAAUAUUUGGUGUAAAAGAUGUAAGGAUGAACAUAUGAUAAUUAUAAGCUGCUUUAGGUGUUUUGGUUACAAUUUGUUCACAUUUUGAACAGUAUUUAGUUGUGUAAUGAGGAUAAUGUAACCAUGUUCUGUAAAUGUGUAUAUACUUACUCUAAUGAUUCAAGUUUUUAAAUAUAAUUCAUGAGAUGA